GGGAUCAGGGACAACCAUUGCGCCAGAUAACUGCAACACAAACACCUCAGAGGAUAAGCGUUAUCAAUGGGUGCUGCAGAUUAAACAGCGCUGUACAGAUAAAGGAUUGUCCAUUUGGCUUCCUCACCCAGCAGCUGACUCGGGGCCAACUGUCCACUUUUAUCCGGGUGGGCAGUGACAUGUGACUUGUGUUCUUUGUGUUUUUGAUCCAUCGUUAGGACGGGCGACUGUACUGGACACUCUUUUCAUUCCGUUGGAAAUCGUUGUUGCUGAGGAUUUUUUUUUUUAAAUUUCUGAAAAGGACGGAGAAAUUGAAAAAAAAGGAAAAGGAAUAUGACAUAGUUGAUGGUCUAUAUGAAUUUCAAAGGGAUCUGUAAACGUCGUACCGUCAAUAUGAUGAACGUUAGGAAGGUUCCGUUAAUCAUUUUUCUGACCUGUUUAACGCUCUUUUUCUCCAUGUUCACUCUUUACAUGACCAUGUUCAAUCAUGGACCACCUUCGGAGAUUUUAGAAGCUAACAGGCAAAUAGUAUUGAAGCCAAAAAAUGACGUAGACUUAUCCUUAAAUGGUGAAGAAUUAGACGAAGAUGAGGAAGUGUCUGAGAGUGUAGAGUCUGCCAAACGCUGGCAAAAAUUCGUUGACGAUAACAAAUAUGUCGCCAUCGGGGAUGUUUACAAUUCUUGCGAUGAUAAAGAUAGAAUAACAUUGGGUAAAGCUAUACUACUUCCUGAUAAAGAAACUGGUGGACUGAAAGUUAGAACGUUCAUCAAUAUCACUUUAGAGAAGCCUCUCACAGAAGGCGAAUUUCUCGUCGAUGUCAAAUAUAACGGAAAAGAUCUGUACGAUAACCACUGGGAAUUUUGUACGAUUGACGAAAACCAGGAGGUGAAACAAGUAUUUUGUCCGUACAAACCAGGGUUUUACACUUGGGCAACGGACAAAAAGAUCCCAAAGUUCAUCCCAAAGGGUAAGUACCAUACACGAGCCUGGUUGAACGGGGAUGAUGGAAAACUGCUGACUUGUGGUCUGACAACAUUCGUUCUCUAGACGUGUCUCUCAUGUUGAUAUUUAACGACGCUUUAACAAUGCAAGGAACUGUAUUACCAUUGAUAUUUAUAUUUAUUGUUAAUAUUUUCAGUGUCAUCGUGUACUUAAAAAUCGUUUUUCAUGGAUACAUAUUUUCCAUUUUGUAUUGUUGAGUACACGAUAAAUUUUGUUAUAUGCGUUUUUGUACAUUCUUUAACGUAUAUAUAUCUUUUUUGUCCUUGAACUAUUUAUGAUACAUAUUAUUGAUGUUAGCCAAGGAUAUUGCAUUUAUCAAAUAAAAACUCAUCAAAUUGUUAUAAAUGACGUGAACUAUACAUGUUAUAUCAUGCGUCUGUAAAAAGUUUGAAAAUGUCACAAUUUAUAUAUAUUCAUAAAUAUUUAUUUGUAUUGUCAUGUAUAUAAUUAUAAAUCCUACAUAUAAUUAUCUUCAUAUUGAACAUCAAAGUAUAUUAACCUAAUUAAUCUUUACUGCAUGUAUAUAUUGAAUGAUAAGAUAAUACGUUAGUUAUCAUAUAAUAUAAAUAUAUAGAUACUAGUUGAAACUGUUAUCAGUCAAAUAUUGUUCAUAAAAUUGCCUCAGUGAUAAAAAUGUGUUUUCAAGUGCACUCUAGUGUUAAACCUUUUGAAACACUUUGCUGAUAUCGCUGAUGUAAAACUCGGUGUCUAUACGUGUAACGCAAAGCAGCGAAAGUUUUUCGUAAUAAAACAUUAUGUACAUUAUGUUUUGAACUUUAUAAAAUAUGCGUGUUUUUCCAAAUAAAAUAGAAUACUAGUAACUU